GGCUGGUUUAGAGUCUAUCCUUGACGCAAAGCUCUCAGGCCUCUCUGCUGUUUAGUAAAGAUAGUUCAGUGGUGAGUUGAUUAACCAAACUCAUUUUGUUUCUGUGGUGCGCUUGAUCAGCUGCAAAGAGGGGUCGAACACGGGUCCUUGUGGGCAUAAAAUGCCAUCGCUUGCUCUUCUUGUGUGUCCUCUUCCCACACAGAUCAACUUGCUAUCAAACUCAGAAAUCAUGUCUCAAGUCCAACCAGCACAAAUAUUCAAUUCUGGCAGCGAGAGCCAGAGCGGCACCGGUCUCCACCUCAAUCCCGCAAUCCCAGACUACGGCAGUCUCAUCGUCCCUCUCAGGUUCAGACACGUGAAGCACGACCCGACCUUCAACACGGUCUCCGAAAAGACUCCAGUAUUCCAAGAUGUCCUCUGGCUUCCAUCGGAUCACCGCCACCUACUAGAGAAGGUCCGAAAGAAUCUAUAUUGCCGCCUCGACAGGACAUAUCCCAAGCGUCCUCGUUGGUACUGUCCAUGGCGCAAGCAACGUCAGCUUGACAUUGGGCUCAGGCUCUUCAUCACCUAUCAGCUUGGAAAACUCGACAUCUUCAACGAGAACGAGGUCAACGAGGCCAAUUGGCCUGACAUACUGGCUCUCCUCCGUUGCAAAAGGCCCGAAGAAGCAGAAUUCCACGUCGAUUGGUGGUUCAAAGGCGAAGGGGUGACCGAGUGGACCGAGUAUUUUGAAAGGGAGAAGAUGUAAGAAGGAUGACGAUCUUAUUGCUGAGUCUUGUUUUUUGGGUUCCUUAAGGAUGAAGUGCGGCUUCAAGAAACUUCCAGAUUCCCAGUCAAAGUGAUGACCUGUUUGCUUUACGUCUCACAACGUACCCGAC